AUGUCCGAGGUACUGCCUUAUAGCGAGGGGAAAAUGAGCGGCUAUGGGGACACCGAGGCCAGUCAGAUAUCCUUUAGCUGCGGGCUACAGGACACCAAUUCGUUCUUCGGGGCGUCGCAAGCGAAAAGACCCCCAAAGCUGGGACAGAUCGGCAGAGCCAAGAGAGUGGUCAUCGAAGAUGACCGAAUAGACGAUGUCCUAAAGGGGAUGGCAGACAAGUCGUCACCUGGUGUUUAA